GAACAUAGUGGAAUAUGCUUCUUCAUGUGGUGGCCGCUGGCUGCUGCAACUUCUCCAUCGUCCAACACCAAUUACAUUAACUACUUCCAACUGCAAAAAACCCGAAACCGGAUAGUGAAUUGGGUCAUAAUCCGAUCUAACCGACAAUGCUGCGGGACUACUGCUGCUGCUGCAAGUCCAGUAUCACCGACACCAACGACGUCGUCUCCGACCGCGAUCCGGUUGUCCUGGUCUCGGGUAUAGCCGGGUCAAUCCUCAACUCCAAGAAGAAGAAAUCCGGGUUCGAGACCCGGGUUUGGGUCCGGCUUUUGCUGGCCAAUUUGGAGUUCAAGAAGAAGCUCUGGUCCAUGUACAAUCCUGAAACAGGGUAUACUGAGACAUUGGAUGAUAGUACUGAGAUAGUUGUGCCUCAAGAUGAUUAUGGGCUUUAUGCUAUUGAUAUUUUAGACCCUUCUCUUUUUGUAAAGCUUCUGCAUUUGUCCGAUCUGUAUCAUUUUCAUGAUAUGAUUGACAUGCUUGUUGGAUGUGGGUAUAAGAAAGGAACAACAUUGUUUGGGUAUGGCUAUGACUUUCGGCAAAGCAAUAGAAUUAGCCAAUUAAUGGACGGCCUUAAAGAGAAGUUAGAGGCUGCUUAUAAAGCUUCAGGGGGAAGGAAAGUCGAUAUAAUUUCACACUCGAUGGGUGGAUUGCUGGUCUCAUGUUUUAUAUCUCUUCAUAAUGAUAUAUUUGCCAAAUAUGUAAAUAAGUGGAUUACUAUUGCCACUCCCUUCCAAGGUGCACCAGGAUGCAUCAAUGAUUCUUUACUUACUGGACUGCAGUUUGUCGAAGGCUUUGAAAGUUUCUUUUUCGUGUCAAGGUGGUCCAUGCAUCAACUGCUGGUUGAGUGCCCAUCUAUCUAUGAGAUGUUGCCGAACCCCUAUUUCAAUUGGAAGAAGCAACCCGAGAUUCAAGUAUGGAGGAAGCACUCUAAUGGCGAGGGAACUUCCGUUGAGCUGGAAUCCUAUCGCUCUAACGGAUGCAUUACUCUUUUUGAAGAGGCAUUAAAGAACAACGAGUUGGAUUAUGAUGGAGAAACAAUAGCCCUUCCUUUCAACUUUGAGAUCCUUAAAUGGGCAACUGGCACCCGGGAAGUCCUUGAUCAAACUCAACUUCCUCAGGGGGUUCGCUUCUACAACAUCUACGGAAUAUCUGUCGACACACCUUUUGAUGUUUGCUAUGGUUCAGAGUCUUCUCCAAUUGGUGAGGCAUCCGAGAUAUGCCACACCCUGCCAGAAUACUCUUACGUAGAUGGUGAUGGGACCGUCCCCUCUGAGUCAGCAUUCGCAGACAAUUUUGAUGCAGUGGAGAGGGUGGGAGUAUGUGCGAGUCACCGGGGACUUCUGAGCGAUGAGAAUGUGUUGGAGCUUAUCCAGAAGUGGUUGGGAGUUUCUCCGGUGGUGUCGAGUCAUAGUCAGAGUCACACAUCCAAGGUGAUGAUGGAUACGUAUUAAUGGCUUAGGAUACAAUCUUGUAUAUAUACGUAAUUCAUAUUUCUGCACAUCACAUUAUAUGUAUCUUUGUGUCUCAGAUGUGCCAACAUAUGCUUACCCCAUAAAACUAGCUAAAUUCGCCAUUUUUGUUUGCUUCAA